GCUCACACAGGGCUUUGCAGUAGUGGUGGCAGCCGCGGCAGAAACCGGCUCUGGGGAAGCAAUUGAUUCGUCUACUGCCAGCAGCCCGGAGUUGCCUACGCGGACUGGAAAGGAAGGCAGAAGGGAAAGAGAGAAAGAGAGAGAGAGGGAGAGAGAGAGAGAGAGAGAGAGAGAGAGAGAGGCGUACAGAGCGAAAACCUUCAUCCAUGUGGAGGACAGUCUGAGGGAGCCACUGUCCCUUGUCCACUGACUCACUGGCUGGUCCGAGUUUUCUCCGCUUCUGGCAGUGGCACCUCCGCUGAGCUUUUGAACCAAGUCAUUGGGACUUAGCGUCUUCCUACCCGGCAGGGAAGGGAGGAGUUGGCAAGAAUUUGGUUCACCCUUUCCCCCUGCAAUCCUCCCGCGUCGCGGAGCACUAGACGUCUACCAUGACUGACACCGUGUUCAGCAACAGUUCUAACCGUUGGAUGUACCCCAGUGACCGGCCCCUUCAAUCAAAUGAUAAAGAACAGCUCCAGGCAGGCUGGUCCGUCCACCCCAGUGGUCAGCCUGACAGGCAGAGGAAGCAGGAAGAGCUGACCGAUGAGGAGAAAGAAAUCAUCAACAGGGUGAUUGCUCGAGCUGAGAAAAUGGAAGAGAUGGAGCAGGAGCGAAUCGGGCGCCUGGUGGACCGCCUGGAAAACAUGAGGAAGAACGUGGCUGGGGAUGGGGUGAACCGCUGCAUACUGUGUGGAGAACAGCUGGGGAUGCUGGGCUCUGCCUGUGUAGUAUGUGAGGACUGUAAGAAGAAUGUCUGCACCAAGUGCGGAGUGGAGACCAACAACCGCCUGCAUUCUGUGUGGCUCUGCAAAAUCUGCAUUGAGCAGAGGGAGGUGUGGAAGCGUUCUGGAGCAUGGUUCUUCAAAGGCUUCCCCAAACAGGUCCUUCCACAGCCUAUGCCUAUAAAGAAGACCAAGCCCCAGCAGCCUGUCAGUGAGCCUGCUGCUCCUGAACAGCCUGCUUCUGAGCCCAAGCACCCGGCCCGGGCUCCAGCUCGAGGUGACAGUGAAGAUAGGAGGGGCCCAGGUCAGAAGACAGGCCCUGACCCGGCCUCUGCUCCCGGGCGAGGAAGCUAUGGGCCUCCCGUGCGCAGGGCCUCCGAGGCACGAAUGGGCUCAUCUACCCGGGAUUCAGAGAGCUGGGACCACAGCGGAGGUGCUGGAGACUCCAGCCGGAGCCCAGCAGGUUUGAGACGGGCCAACUCAGUCCAGGCCUCCAGACCUGCCCCAGGCUCAGUGCAGAGCCCAGCACCACCUCAGCCUGGGCAGCCAGGGACCCCAGGAGGCAGCAGACCGGGUCCUGGGCCAGCAGGACGCUUUCCAGAUCAGAAGCCAGAGGUGGUUCCGAGCGACCCCGGGACCACUGCCCCACCCCGAGAGGAGAGAACAGGGGGAGUUGGGGGCUACCCAGCCGUUGGAGCCAGAGAGGACCGAAUGAGCCACCCCUCCGGGCCCUAUUCCCAAGCAUCUGCAGCUGCCCCCCAGCCUGCCGCAGCCCGCCAGCCGCCGCCCCCAGAGGAGGAGGAGGAGGAAGCCAACAGCUACGAUUCGGAUGAAGCAACCACGCUGGGUGCCCUGGAAUUCAGCCUUCUCUACGACCAGGACAACAGCUCCCUGCAGUGCACCAUCAUUAAGGCCAAGGGCCUGAAGCCCAUGGAUUCAAAUGGCUUGGCUGAUCCCUACGUUAAGCUGCACCUCCUGCCGGGAGCCAGCAAGUCCAACAAGCUUCGUACAAAAACUCUGCGGAAUACCCGGAACCCCGUCUGGAAUGAGACCCUCGUCUAUCACGGCAUCACCGAUGAGGACAUGCAAAGGAAGACCCUCAGGAUCUCUGUCUGUGAUGAGGACAAAUUUGGCCACAAUGAAUUUAUUGGUGAGACCAGAUUCUCCCUCAAGAAACUGAAGCCCAACCAGAGGAAGAAUUUCAACAUCUGCCUGGAGCGAGUGAUUCCUAUGAAACGUGCUGGGACCACCGGGUCAGCCCGAGGCAUGGCCCUUUAUGAGGAGGAGCAGGUGGAGCGUGUUGGUGACAUCGAGGAGCGUGGCAAGAUCCUGGUCUCUCUCAUGUACAGCACCCAGCAGGGAGGCCUCAUUGUGGGUAUCAUACGCUGUGUGCACCUGGCUGCCAUGGACGCUAAUGGCUACUCAGACCCAUUUGUCAAGCUCUGGCUGAAACCGGACAUGGGAAAGAAGGCCAAACACAAGACUCAAAUUAAAAAGAAAACCUUGAAUCCUGAAUUCAAUGAGGAGUUUUUCUAUGACAUCAAACACAGUGACCUGGCAAAGAAGUCACUGGACAUCUCGGUCUGGGACUAUGACAUCGGCAAGUCCAAUGAUUACAUCGGAGGCUGCCAGCUGGGGAUCUCUGCUAAGGGAGAGCGCUUAAAACACUGGUACGAGUGUCUGAAAAAUAAAGACAAGAAGAUAGAGCGCUGGCACCAGCUACAGAAUGAGAACCACGUGUCAAGUGAUUAGGCUAGUGCCCAGGUCCCCAACUCCAUGUCCCGGGUCCCCCCCAGCCUGCCCCAGCUGCCCACCGCACCCUGAUCUCUCUUCUCUAUGCCUACCUCCCCCCAUACCCUGCUGAUCUCCCUGAGCCUGCCUUUGAGCCCCCAUCAUGUUGGGCACUGCUGCCAAAGACUCCCUCCUCCCUGAUGCUGGGCUGUGGGCUCUGAAUAUAGCCCCUCUCUGGUCCCUGGGAUGGAGCAAUGGGGAUGGGGUUGGGGAGAUGUUUACAAAGAGGUUGAUCAUUUAAUAACCUCUCAGUUUGGGUAAAUUACAAAGGUUCUUCGUCAUUUAGGACUGUUUGUAGACCCUUCUAGCCUUGAACACACACACACACACGCACACACACACACACACACACCCCCUCCCUUUCAUUCCCUGUGUCGUGUCUCUGUGUACUCUCAGUUGUCAGCAGACCCGGACAAUGCUGUGAGGACAAGCAUUGGGGCAGAAAUAGAGGCUCCAGGCUCCCACUGCCCCCUGAGAUGCACACCUUGAUUGCCAGGAAAACAGACUGCUGUGUUCAGGAACACACCCUCCCUGCUCCAAGUGCACCAAGAUGCAAAUGCACAGAAUUCACCAAGGGGCUUGGACGCUCUCCUCUUUCUGAAUGUCACCUGUGUGCUUCCAAGCAAAACAAAAACAAACGACAACAAAAAUCCCUUCCUCUGUCACCUUUUCUCCUCCUCCCUCUUCUCUCCCUUUCGUCAUAGUAGAUUCUCUCUUUCUCAGCCUCUCCCUUCUCCUUUCUCUCCCUGCCUUUCUCCCCUUUGCCUUUCUCUCUCUCUAAAGCAGUAACACCGCAAAAACAAUAGCAAAAAAGUGUAUGUUAACCCAGCCUCACCUCCUUCCUCUCACCAGCCUGACCAGGAAACUGAGAAACUGGCCCAAAUCUGAGAUUUCACUUGGGCCCACACUUCUUAAGUGACCCACUUCUCCUGUUGGCAGAGCCAGACAUUCCCAGGGCUCGGGCCAGUGGCUGGCACUGCCCUGGGUGCGUGGCAGCAUCCCUUGAGCUGUGUAGAUGCCCCAUAGAGGGGCUCUCCAUGGGCUCCCUGGGUGGGCACAGGAGGCAUUUAGAAGACCAGGGCUAUGGGUCUGAGGGAGCCUCAUCCAAAGCCUCCAGCCUUUCUCCUUUCUCUGCUCUUAGGUAAAUGAGGCUACCCUCCUCCCCAGUGCCCUUUGACUCUGUUUCAUUGACUCUCUUGCGUCCCGUCUUUCACUCAGAACGCCCCCCCCCCAGUCUCUCUGUCUCUCUUUGUCUGUCUGUCUGUCUCCCGCACUCUCCUUACUAAGCUUCCUGGGAGAAUCAAAUAACAUCAUGGUUAUGGAACAAUGGAGAGUGUGGGCAAACAUUACACACUUGAGGUUGAGGUCAGGCAUCUUCAGUGCUGCCCUGAGAGAAAGGUUUGAUUUUCCCAAUUUCAAUGAGGUCUUCCCUCAUGAAAAGCACCCCCAGUCAUCCCAAACCCCUGACAUUCUCUACAGAAGCAUCAGACAGACACUGAAACUCUCACUUUCCCCCAACUCACAUCUCUUAACUUUUCAACGCCCUCCACCCUCAGCUCCCUGCACAAUUCAUGGGAGGACUCAUUUCUUGCCUUGAAUAACCAUUUUCUAAACAUCGAGCUCUUCACCUUCCCCAAAGUGGCCAACAGCUUCCUGGCCACCACCUUUCCUUUUGACCCUAUCCUUCCCCAUUAGUCCCUGGUGGCACCUACUCUCAGCCCACCUCCCUUCCCGUUUCCCCUUAGGAGACAGCAUGCUGGCUGUGUCGCCCAAGCCUGAUGCUGGUGUAGGCGCUGGAAUCAGCAUGCAGCUAGCUCAUAGUGCCCCUAGUCUGGGGGCGUGCUCUUCCUAACAAAUGUAACCACCUCCCUGCCUAGAAUACACACAUGUCCUCCGGUGCAUGCACAACCACCCAGCAUCUUUCUUUGUGAUGAUGUAGCCAGAAAUAAAGUAGGAACAUCCAGGAAAACAA